UCUAUGAUCGCAUGACGAAAGAGACUUUCCAAAAGUUGGUACCAUCAAGGACUGCACAUGUGAUGAAGGAACUUAAACAUCCAUUCGACUCUGAAGAACCAGCAGCAGUUGAACCGAAGCUGAUGUGCGAAUAUGCAGCAAAGUAUUUUCGAGACAUCUUGACAUCACGACGUCCGAAAGAGGGAGCAGACACCAAUCUGGCUCUGAACACAGAUCACUGGGAGGAUACAAAAAACAGGCUCCCCACCCACGCGAGGCUGGAUAUGGACAGACCGGUUACGGAGGAGGAAGCCUUGCGAGCUCUCAAGGCCAUGGCAAAAGGGAAAACGUCAGGUAACGAUGGUCUUCCCACAGAGUUCUACCGGAAACAUUGGGAUGUAUUUGGACAAGAUCUAGUGGAGAUCUACAAUGAGAUUUUGAUUGGGGAGAACCUUCCGACUAGCGCCUGCAAAGGUAUCAUCUCCAUUCUAUACAAGAAGGGGGAUAUGAACGAAAUAAGGAAUUGGCGCCCUAUUUCGUUGUUGAAUGUAUCCUACAAGAUCUUGGCUAAGUUGUUAGCCAGAAGGUUGGGUAAGUACCUGCCGCUCCUGGUAGGGGAUGAUCAGGCGGCCUUUGUUAGAGGCCUUUCAAUAUUUGAUAAUAUUGUUACGGCAAUUGAAGUGUUAGAGGUGGUAGGGAAGAAGGAGCUUGAUGUGGAGGCCGAUCGGAAAGAAGACCCAGACUGUAAUCAGGAGGAAAACGACACGUUUUCUCUGGCGUCCGUUUGCAGAGGAAGAGGAAGGAGUGAUGUCGAGGGUCGCUUGGGAGUUGGUAUGCAACCCGAAGGUGGAGGGGGGGUUGGGGCAAUGUUAGCACGCUGGGUACUGAGGGCAAUAUGCACAAAAGGGAAUGCGCACUGGAUCAGCCUAGGCGAAAGGAUUCUGAGAGAAGAAUGGGAACUGUCGAGGACAGAGGAUGUUUGGGCAUGUGUAUGGGUGGAGUCCUACCUCCAAAGGAGAAUAGCUUCGGAAUUUUGGGCAGCAGUCCUACAGGCACGGAAGGAAGUCAAACCGGAUAUGACAGUGCAACCUGUUACCAAGGAGGAGGUUUUGUCUCAGAUCAUCUUUGAGAACCAGUAUAUCAGGAAAGCGGAUGGGCUCAGGUUUAUGGCUGAUACGGCGACGAAAAGCUUUGGAAGGAGCUGGAUAUCCAAAGGAGUGGUGAGGGUAAGAGAUCUAUGGAAUACAGUGGAGGGGAGAUGGUACUCAGAGAGUGAGAUGAAGACGACCCUGAAGAACUGCAAAGGAAUGGGGGAUAAGUGUCAGGCCAUUAUCUCGGCUCUGCCUUUGGACUGGGUAAGACUGCUGAGCCCGGAAGGGGUGAACCCACCAGGCACAUGGUACCGGGUACAGAACUCGACGGGAGAAACAAGUUACCUGAAGUUGCUGGAGCUCCCAGUGAAUGGAGGCAGGACAUUUCAACAGUGGAAACAUCAACAGGAUUCAGCAUCCAGUCUCCAAUUAGAGGAAGACUCGAAGGUGAGGGUGACAGUCCCGGGGGGCCCGAUAUCAGAGGUGCGAGUUAUUGAGAAGGUCGAUGAACGAGGUAACUGGACGGUGGAGCUCUGGGAAGGAGGAACGCCAAUCUCUCAGUUGAGAGCCGACCCAAAGCAGUGGGCAUGGCGAGGCAGAGGCGUACAAGGGAAUAAUCUAUCUCUGGGGGAGUACACUCUAAACGUGGGCUAUGAGGUACAAGGAAAAGGGCAAACCCCGCUAAUGAUCGCCAUAGGGCGAUGGAGACAGCUUAAUGUGGCUGAGGAGGAGAAAGUAGGGGCGGCUUUGAAGAGGUGCUGGGCUCAACUAGAAAACGCCCCGAUCCCGAGAGCAGCGGCAAUAUUAUGGCUGGCCUCACUACUGGCUACCACGUCGGCAGUCUGGCUUUUGUCCCGGGGCUUAAACAUUGACCCGCAAUGCAAAAGAUGUCUGUGGAGCUUCGAGUCAACAAUGCAUAUCUGGUGGGACUGCCCGGCCUCGGCCAGGAUUUGGUCCUGGUGGGCCGAGCACUGGGAAACUAUCUCAGGAGGUGCAAUGAAAUGGAACAGAGAAUGGGUUCUGUUGGGGGGUACUCCUGAACAUCUCCAGCUACACAGAGGCUGGGGGUAUGUCGCGCAGGCUUUCAGGGCAAUAGGGUUCUGGAUCAUUUGGACGGAACAGAAUAGAACGCUGUUUCAGGGGAAGGUAAUGCCGGACCCGGAAAUCAAGGCUACAUUUAAGGCAAUGACACGGAGAGCCAUUAUGGCAGAUUGGAAAAGGAAGGUGGUGAAGGGCGCGGGGUACAGAAAAGGAAAAAGAUGGUUCAAUGAAACGUGGGCUGCGAACGCAAAGUUGGUUAGGAUUGAUGACAGGGGAAAGGUGAAAUUUGGGGAAUGGCUAGUUAGUUAGUUGAAUGCAGUGUGCUCGACUUC